AUGGCUAUCCCUAGCGUUCUCGUCUUUGAUGCUGAGGGUCGGGCUGUUGACUAUGAGGUCUGGGUCGAUGAUCUAAAGUUUUUCCUACAGUGCGAUAGGAAAGACAUUCUCUCACUGUUUGAUCUCACGUCUGGCGCCUCUGCUGCCCCUGCUGCCGAUGCUAACAGCACUGUUCGCUCACAGUGGGCCACACGCGAUGCUCUUGCCCGUCUUGCUGUGCGUAGUAACUUGCCGUCCAUUGAGUGCGCGCACUUUAGUCAGUACAAGAGUGCUAAGACCUUGUACGACGCUGUAGUUGCACGCUACUCUUCCCCUGCCACUGCUGCCCUUAGCCGCCUCAUGCUCCCGUACCUGUUCCCUGACCUCGCCGCCUUUCCCACGGUCGCUGACCUCAUUACGCACGUCCGCACUAGUGACACCCGCUACCGCGCUGCGCUUCCUACUGAGUUUUGCGCCAAGAACCCCCUCCCCAUGUACAUCACCCUCUACUACCUAGUCACCCGGCUCCCUGACUCCCUUCGCUCCGUCAGGGACCACUUCCUCUCUGUUUGCCCCACCACACUCACCGUUGACCUCCUCGAGGAGCGCCUCCUUGCAGCUGAGAAGAGUAUAGUCGCUGUAGGAGCCUCUCGUGGUGACCCUCGUGCCCCCUUUGUUGAGGGGUGCUCCCCCUCCCCCCUUUUGCCCUCUGUUGCCUCUGCUGCUGCCGUCGACUUUGUUGGCACUGAGUCGGUCUGCGCCGCGUCUGCCCCUAGCGGGAGACGUCCCACCGGCAAGGGCAAGGGGGGCAAGGGCGCUGAAGGGGCUGGCGGGGGAGGUGGAGGUGGCGGUGGAGGCGGCGGAGGGAGUGGGGGUGGCGGUAGGAGUGGUGACGGGGGUGGGGGCUUCGGUGGCGGCGGUGGAGGUAGAGGCGGCGGCGGCGAGAGCGGAGGAGGAGGCGGUGGCGGCGGUGGCGGAGGUGGCGGCGGCGGAGGUGGAGCUGGUCGGGGUGGCUCUGCACAGCGGAGCGGCUUCGGUGGUGGUCAGUGCCAGCAGCAGCAGCGCACUCGUGAGACCCAGACCCACCAACAACUUCGUGAGUGGUCGGGGGUUGCUAUCUUUGACCAGGAUUAUAAUGCCAUUCUUGCUGCCAUGUAUGCUGUGUCUACUAGUGAUGAGGGUGACGGUUACCUGUGUGUUCCGCCUGACCCGGGCAUUGAGGCUGCUGCUCUAGGUGCUAGUGCAUCUGCUGCCCCAAGUAAUGGUGCGUCUGCUCUCUCAGGUACCACGUCGGCUCUCGCCUUCCACACCUUCACCCUUGACUCGGGUGCUUUUCGCUCCUUCUUUCGAGACCGCACCAAGCUUACGCCACUUACUCGGCCAGUUGCGGUCUCCCUAGCAGACCCCUCUGGGGGUCCUAUCCUUACCCACUUCUCCUCUGUCUUACCGUGUCCGGCGGCUCCCUCUGGCACCCUGUCAGGUCUCUACCUCCCCUUGUUCUCUACAAACUUGGUGAGUGGUGCUGAUCUACAGGAUGGGGGGGUUGACCAGUUCACUCCUGCGAGUCAGCGGGUGACCCACU